UUUAAAACACGGUUUUUUGAACGCCCAAAAUAUUGCGUUUUUUCGGUUGGUUUUUGCAACCGCUCCACCGUUGUAUGCAAAAAAGAUUAAACCCGAACGCCGAUAAAAAUGUUUGCUUAAACGAUUUAUUUUUACUGUUUGCCGAGUUUUUAACCUGACCGCAUAUAGGACUCUUUCCUAUUGGGAAUUAUUUUAUAUACCUAAAAAGUUUCCGGAUAACAGGCUAAAAAUGAAUAACGGCCAAGAAAAAAAGAAGCACACUCCAGAAAAACACGACCUAAACGGCACUUACACGCGAAAAGAGGCGGGAAUUGAAAAAGUCUGUAUCAACGGGGUGACCAUGUCCGAAAACUUCUUGAAAUGGUACAGCGAAAUAAUGAAUUUAGAAGUACACAACGACGACGUGUGGGUCGGUGGAUAUUAUAAAACAGGCACCACCUGGACUCUAGAAAUGGUUUGGAUGAUAGUAAACAAUUUAGAUUACGAAGGCGCGAAAAGACUUUUGCAGGAACGCACUCCCAAUUUAGAGGAUACGCCAAUGUUCGAUCUUAGGCCGCUCGCCCAAAAAAUGAACGUUGAAUUGCCGGCAUACAGGGCGGACUCGGUAAAAUUCCUUAAGGAACAAAAACAUCCGAUCGUGAUAAAAACUCACCUGCCCUGGAAUCUUUUACCGUCGCAGAUUCAGACCGGAGAAAAAACUCCAAAGAUUAUCUACGUGACAAGAGAACCCAAGGACGUCGCCGUGUCUUUCUACCACUUCCUGACCUAUAUCGUUGGCUACCGGCAUUCUUUCGAGUACAUGUGCAACCGAAUUUUAACCGGCACCGCGCUGUUCGGGGGCGUGUGGGAGCACGUGAUCAGCUUCUGGGAGCAGCGCCACCGCAAAAACCUCUUGAUCCUGCGCUACGACGAAAUGAAAACAGAUUUGCGCGCGGUCAUUAAUAAAGUGGCGGACUUUUUGGGCAAGAAAAUUAGCGACACGCAGGUCGACCGCCUCUUCGACCACUUGAGUUUUGAAAACAUGCGCAACAACCCUGCGGUCAACUUCAGCGCCCUGCUCGAGCUUCACAAAAAACUCAAGUUGGCCAACGACAACGCGGAAGGUCAGUUUAUGAGAUCGGGGGUCGUUGGUAGUCACAAGGCCUACAUGGAUCCGGACAUCGCCGAAAAAUUCGAUCGCAAAUCUGUCGAAAUGGAACGGAAAAGCGGGUUCAAGUUUCUGUAAGCGCGCUUUAGGCGAUUUUUUUUAAAUAAUUUUUUCCCUGUUUGUCUUCUGUAUGUGUUCCGUAUUUUACGAUUUUAAUCCGUCGAGUGGUCCGUGGCGACCGACAAACAAACCUGUCCGUUUGGUCUCUGUUCGGUCGCGUAAAUGGAUUCGCCAACCACAACUAACCGUCAUUCUUUUAUCUACGACUAGCUAGGUUUUUUUUUUAUAAAUGUCGCAUUUUCGAAAACAAUUGUCACAGCGCGAAGUAUUGUAUUUUUAAAUUUUAUAACAUUACACCUUAAUAAAUUUUUACGAUAUUACGGUCAUAGAGUUUCAUUA